GCCAACAUCAGCGAUACUCCCAGCAGUCUCCAAACUGCCAACAGCGCCUGCAGAGGUACCCAACACCUUAACAGCACCGCAUGCUCACGAAGCUCCCAUCACAGGCUCGCGAACGCCUACCACAGCCCUGCCGCAAGCAACAGCAACCCCCGCCAUCAUACGUCAAUCCGCCCAGUGGCUGCGAAACCUAACGUCUUGUAACAACCACCACGAACAAGCUCUCGGCUCAGCAACACUUCCAUUCGAGGUUUUUGCACUCUCCAUCUGUUUUUUAAGCCCAGUUCAGUCAUCGACCACAGGUUUUACCAGUCCACACACCCGACAUCUGCACGAAUUAGAGCCGGCGCAACUCUCACUGCGCCCCCUCCAUCCACCAUCAUGGCGGUCAUUGACCAAGACAACUUUUCCAACAUCUCGUGGCACAGUGAACAAAACGACCACGCCGGUCCGAGUUCUUCUACACGGGACAAUAUGACCAGUCCUGAGUUCUCCAAGACCAUUCCAGAUACCGGGAGGUCAAGCAGUGAUGGGAGGGGGGGUCGCGAUCACAGUCACCAUGGCGAUGAAGUCCUAGAGUGCACCGUCUCUGACCCUCACAAGGAGAACGACGGCACCAAGGAUGCUUACGUGUCCUAUCUUAUCACUACCAAUACCACAUUCUCUACCUUCCAACGACCCGUGACCACCGUUCGCCGUCGUUUCACCGAUUUUGUGUUUCUCUACAGAGUUCUAUGUCAAGAAUACCAGGCAUCCGCCAUCCCGCCAUUGCCCGACAAGCAGCGCAUGGAAUAUGUGCGGGGAGACAGGUUCGGCCCCGACUUUACUGCUCGACGAGCAUACUCGUUCCAGCGCUUCCUUUCCCGAUUAGCACUGCAUCCCGACCUCCGCCGAGCCCCUAUUUUCCACACUUUCCUCGAAAGCCAUGACUGGAACGCAACCAUGAAUGCCCGUCAAGCACGGGGAUCCCUAGCCCCUCCUCUUGAGGCUGGGAGUCCAGGACCCCAGGCGGGAGGCGACGGCUUCCUCAAUACCUUUACAGAUUCGUUCAUGAACGCCUUCACCAAGACCCAAAAGCCUGAUCGUCGUUUCGUUGAUACCAAAGAAAAGGCCGACAAGCUCGACGAAGAUUUGACCCACGUGGAAAAGGUUGUCGCGCGCGUUGUCCGGAGGGAAGCCGACCUCGAGACGGAUCACAAGGAUUUGGCUGAGCAAUUCCAAAAGCUCAUCACUCUCGAGCCAGGGGUUGAAUCAGCUGUUCACGCCUUUGCGGCCUCGGUGGAGGAUACCGCCACGGGGCUCAAAAAGCUCAAAGACAGUACCGAUCAAGACUAUCUCGGCUCCUUGCGUGACAUGGUGGCCUAUUCGGGCGCCUUGAAGGGUCUGAUCAAGGCUCGGGAGCAAAAACAGCUCGACUACGAACAGCUAAUCGAAUACUUGAACAAGGCCACCUCGGAGCGCGAUUCCCUGACUUCAGGGCACUCCUAUGUCGGUCCUCUCGGCGGCGCGGGCGGCUUCAUCCGGAGCAAAAUCGAGGACGUCAGGGGCGUGGAUCACGAACAGGCUCGAAGAGACCGGCUCCGUAAGUUGGAGCUCCGGAUCGACGAACUGACCAGGGCGGUGGAAAACGCCAGGACCGAGUCGGAGAACUUUGGGGAGCAGGUCGGGAGGGAGGUGGAGAGCUUUGAAUAUAUCAAGAAGAUUGAGCUCAAGAAGCAGUUUGGGGGGUUUGUGGACAGUCAUAUUGACUUUUACCAGAGUACCAUCGAGACGUGGGAGAAGUAUGUGCAGGAGAUGGAGGCUGAGGGUGCGGUGCAACCUGCGGUUUAGAAGGCCGACUGAGUUGGUUUGCGGCCUGUGUCUUGGGGGUUUAUCCAAUACAGCGAUAUUUAUAAGGCAAUUGAGAUGGUGUUUUUGUAAACAGGCUGUCUUGGGUGGUGAAUAGGUGACGAGAAUGCCUAUGAUUUCUACCAGAA